AAUACGGUGACUUCGAUUGGAAGGAGUACCCCUACGUGACAGCUGUCACACGUGCCAGUGAUAAAAAAUCCCGCACACCUUCCAACGGAACGCGUUAGUGUGUCGUUUUUUCGUAGCAGGCUAUGUCGUUGGGCAACGCAGGGCGAAUUGCUGUCUGUUGGACUGUUCUGACCGUGGGUGGCGUCUACGCAUUUGUGCUGUCAAAGAGAUCCGUUGAGAACCGGCGUUACGAGAGCAUGCGAGUGCGUGAGCGCAUGAGGAAGGCAAACCAAGGGGAUUACGACUCAAGCGCAGCAUCGGACAGGCGAUUCGACUACUAAAGCGGCAGCACCCAGUACCCAGAACCCAUCAGUAACACACC